AUGUCCGCCGACCUCGUCGCGUGGGCCGUCCCCACCCUCUCCAAGCUCCUCCCUCUCGAUGACGAAUCUCUCAAACAAAUUGUUACCUAUUCAGCCGGUCUCUCGAAAGAAGCCGCCGCAGAACACCUCAAAAAUCUCCUAGGAGAUUCUCCCGCAGCCCUCGAGUUUAUUGCAUCGUUCAACUCACGCCGAUGUGGUGAUCCAUCAUCUACCCCGCAGUCCGGUAGUGCGUCACCAAGGACGACGACGGAUGGCGAGAACAGCCGGAGCAGACAGAAUGAGAACAAGAAUCAGCAGAAAAAGAACAAAAGGACAAAGGCGCCGCUGCACAGUGCUGGGCCUCCUCGAAGACCGGAGAAUUACGGUAACGUGGAGGGAGCGUAUAUGAAGGCGGACAAGGAAGAGGACUACAUUCCAGGGACAACUUCAAAGGCACACCGCGACACCGCUGGAGGAACGGGAAGUAGUACAUCUCUCUCGGAUGUCCCGUCAUUGUCAACGAAGCCUGAAGCUUUGCUACGCCCGCGGACUACGGAUUCUCCCUCUGACUCUUCGCCCGCCACUUCGCGAAACCCGUCUCCUGCUCCCAAGACCAAGGCGCCACCAUCUGCAGCCGGACCUUUGAUCUCGGAUUACCUGCCAAAUGUGAAAUCCAAGGCGGCCAAAUCAUCACGGCAUGCUACUUCCGGCACAUCGAGUCCGUCGAAACAGUCUGUCACGACGAAUAACAUUGCCGAUCUGACUGCGGCAAUUGCUGCUCUUGAGAUGUCCACUAAUCCGACAUCCGCCAAAAAUCGGCAGACCUGCAACUGCAACGCAUCGAUACAUCCGCUGUUCACGCCUGCGCCAAAUUGUCUUAACUGUGGGAAGAUUAUCUGCUCCCUGGAAGGUCUCCAGCCAUGCUCGUUCUGUGGUGCUCCCCUUUUAUCCAGUUCAGAAGUCCAGAGCAUGAUCAAGGAAUUGCGGGCUGAGCGCGGACAAGAGAAGAUGCGAGCGCAUAACGAGAGCGUACAUCACAGUGGAGGCCCAGGACUCGCAGCUGACAGUAAACUCGAAGCUGCCAUCGCUCAUCGAGACAAGCUCCUUUCCUUUCAGGCUCAGAAUGCGCAGCGCACCCGCGUUGUGGAUGAGGCGGCAGACUUUGAGACCCCCAACGUAGCAUCCACGCAAUGGAUGACACCCGCACAACGGGCGCUUGCGCUGAAGAAGCAGCAGCGGAUCCUCAGGGAGAUGCAGGAAAAAGCGCGGCCAGAAUGGGAGAAGAAGAAGACCGUUAUGAGUCUGGACAUCAAGGACGGACGAGUCGUCCGGACCUACCAGUCUGCUCCUGCAGAGUCCGCCGAAGACGUAGAUGGUGCAGAGGAAGAGGAUCUCGAUGCCGCGAUUUCUGCUGCAGGAGAAGAGAGUACUAGCAACGGCGGUUCAGCACUCAGUAAGAACCCCCUUCUGUCGAGCGGUGGGCUGGUACGGCCUGUAUGGAAGGGCGCUGCCAAUGCCAAGGGCACCGAUCGAGCAGCACGGAGAUCCAAGCAGACGUGGCGACGGGUGCAGGACGACAAUGACGAUAAUGAGCAGUGGAUCUUGGAUGGAGGUCUAUAUGGAUACGACAAUGAGACCACGUGA